ACACAUUAUCUAGUUAGGAUGUACAAAAUUAUACUUAUUACAUGGUGUACUGUAGAUCCCAAAUAUUUUUCUUUAACCAAUUUGAACCCAAAUUUUGUAUAUGCAAAUUUUAGUCCUAUUAAAAACGUACCAGCAUAAACCAAGAUUAAAUCAAAAACCAAUUUCCAAAAUUCUUCAAAUUGGUUUCGGUUUAUGAAACCUGACUCAGAUUUCACAUUAUGCUUGGACUUUCCGUUACGGUUAACCAUACAAACAUGUCCUCGCCUCCAUGAUUCCGGUUAAUCAAACAAAUCCCGGUUUAGCUUCUACAGUUUAUUGAACCGUCUUCUUCAGUCCCUUUGAGAGUUUGAGGUUUUGUGGGAUUUGCAGAAAAAUUGGAGAAAAAUGGCUCCAAGCUCUACAUUUCUAGGCUCCAUCUUCAGAACCGCUAAAGCACGAAUUUUGAUCUCACCCAAAGCUAGACUCUCUCUCCUAAACCCUAAUUUCACUUCCUCGCGCUUCAACACUUCUUCUUCUCUGCCUCAGUCUCCAAUCGAAGGUUCCAUUUCGAGAAGUUUUCUUCCGCAAGACCUUAGCAUCCAUCGACGAUCUCAUAGUCUCAUCGCUUCCACUAGUCAAGGUGGAUUCGCAUCUGUUUCUAUGGAUAGACAAUACUCAACAUCAGUCCCAACACGUUCACUUAGAAGGAGAAUCAGCAAUAGAAAGAAAUCGAGUACGAAACCAGUCCUUAAUGAAUUUAAGUUUCAAGAAACGAUUACAAAGCUUCCACCAAGAUUUACCCCUGAAGAACUAGCUGAUGCUAUAACACUUGAAGAAGACCCGUUUCUGUGUUUCCAUCUCUUCAACUGGGCGUCGCAGCAGCCAAGGUUUAAGCAUGUGAAUUGCUCUUACCAUAUCGCGAUAAGGAAGCUCGGAGCUGCGAAAAUGUAUAAAGAAAUGGAUGAUAUUGUGAACCAAGUACUCUCGGUUCGUCAUAUUGGUAACGAGAAUCUAUACAAUUCGAUCAUCUUCUAUUUCACGAAAGCCGGGAAGUUGAUACGUGCUGUCAAUAUAUUUAGACACAUGGUGACUAGUAUGAACUUGGAAUGCAGACCAACGAUUAGAACAUAUCAUAUUCUCUUCAAAGCCUUGUUGGGUCGAGGUAACAACUCUUACACAAGCCAUAUGUAUAUGGAGACGGUAAGAUCUUUGUUUCGACAAAUGGUGGAUAGCGGGAUUGAACCAGACGUAUUCGCUUUGAACUGUUUGGUUAAAGGUUACGUGCUCUCGCUUCACGUCAAUGAUGCUCUUAGGAUAUUUCAUCAAAUGAGUGUGGUUUACAAUUGCCAGCCGAAUUCGUUUACUUAUGAUUAUCUAAUACAUGGGUUAUGUGCACAAGGUAGGACCAUUAAUGCUAGAGAAUUGCUUAAUGAGAUGAAAGGAAAAGGCUUUGUUCCUAAUGGGAAAUCUUAUAACUCUCUGGUGAAUGCUUUUGCGCUUACCGGUGAAAUCGAUGAUGCGGUGAAAUGUUUGUGGGAGAUGAUUGAGAAUGGUCGUGUGGUUGAUUUUAUUACGUAUAGAACACUUGUUGAUGAGAGUUGUAGGAAAGGGAAGUAUGAUGAAGCGACGAGAGUAUUGGAGAGGUUGCGAGAGAAACAGCUUGUGGAUAGAGAUUCUUAUGAGAAGCUUGUGAAUGUUCUUCACAAGGAUUUGUAGAAGAUGUACAUAUUGGUGUUUCUUAGUUUGUUGUAAUCGGUUAGGGUUUAUACAGUUUGCGAUGAAUCAAGAUACUUGAUAGUACGUAAUGUCCCAGCUUUGGGUUGUGGUGAUGAUCUCAUGAGAUUAUUCAUGACUUAUGGAGAAGUUGAAGAAUGUAAACCUAUGGAUGCAGAAGACUGUGCGGAGUUCACAGAUGUCUACUGGAUCAAGUUUCGUCUCAUCACUAACGCCAGAUUUGCAAAGAGGAAAUUGGAUGAAUCAACUUUUUUGGGAAAUCGGCUCCAAAUUUCAUAUGCUCCUGAAUACGAGAGCGUCAGUGACACAAAGGAUAAGUUAGAAACUAGGAGGAAAGAAGUGCUUGCAAGACUGAACCCCCAGAAAGCAAAGAGUACCUCCCAAGUUACAAAAUUGGCUGGACCAGCUUUGACCCAAACGGACAAUUUUUCUCCACAGCGGAGAGAGAUGGAGUACCAAUUCCAUAGAGGAAAUGCUCCUGUUACUCGAGUUUCAUCUGACCAGGAGUAUUUUGCGUCGUCUUCAAUGAAUCAAACGGUUAAAACUGUGCGGGAGAAACUCAAUAAGAUUGAAGAAAGUGGUAACCAAAAGAGAUUACAACCAAGCAGCCAAACACAACCUGACUUGAAGAGAACCCGAGUCGAUAACCGAAGAAGAAUAUAACACACUUUUGUUUUGUUUCUGUUUUUCAUUGAAAAUCUUGUUUACAACUUGAUCAUAAUAGUGUUCUUGCAAGAUAUAAUUGUGAAUAUUGUAUGUAAUUUGUGCGUAUCUUGAAAACUUGUUACAGUCAACCUGAAACCAGUACUUCUCUUUCUCUGUU